GAUUGAAUUUGAGGCUCAGAUUGUUUUGCAGAUUGAAGCUCGGAUGAGGAAUAUAUAAAAAUAGUUUUAUUUUCUUAAUUUUUAUAACGUUUAAUAAACGCAUUGGAGCUGUGCAAGUGCAAUAAUUGAGCUAAAGAUUUCGAGCACAGUAAUGCAUAGGAUAAAUUCACUGUGAUGAAUGAAGAGAGUUUGGAUAUUUUGAAUUUCGGAGCCCUCCAACACUUCCCACAAAAUUGGAAAAGAAUACAAAUAUUUUACAAAUAGCUGAGAUCAUCGAACAUAAAUGUACAACAACAAGAUGCGUCAAUUCAAUAUUUCGGUCAUUGGACUAUCCGGGACCGAAAAGGAUCGCGGCCAGGUCGGCGUUGGUAAAUCAUGUUUGUGCAACAGAUUUAUGCGGCCAAUGGCCGAUGAUUAUUUUAUAGAUCACAUAUCAGUGCUAAGUCAAAGUGAUUUUAGUGGUCGCAUUGUGAAUAAUGAUCACUUUCUUUAUUGGGGCGAGGUGCGCAAGACGACGGACGAGGGCGUUGAAUAUAAUUUCAAUAUAAUCGAACAAACAGAAUUUAUGGAUGAUUCGACAUUUCAAGCGUUCAAAGUCGGCAAAAUGGAUCCGUAUCUGAAACGCUGUACAGCGACUAAGGUCUUUUCGGCAGAGAAGCUGAUGUAUAUAUGCAAAAAUCAAUUGGGCAUCGAAAAGGAGUACGAACAAAAGGUGAUGCCCGAUGGACGCUUGAGUAUCGAUGGCUUUGUCGUUGUGUUCGAUGUGAGUCCAGUGCCAAAUCGUAGCGUUGAGAAGCAAGUGGAGUUCGUACAGAAUGCAAUUGCGAAUAUAUUGAAGAACAAGAAGCCGCUUGUCCUGGUGACUACCAAGAAUGACGAUGCCUACGAGCUGUAUGUGCGCGAGGCGGAAAAGAUUAGCCAACGCAAGGAUUACAAGAGUACGGUGCAAUUGAUUGAGACGUCGGCACAUGAGAGCAUCAACAUUGAUUUGGCAUUCCUGAUGCUAGCCCAAAUGAUUGACAAGGUGAAGAAUCGCGUCAAGAUCGUUUCGUAUCAGGAAUCGGCCAAGUCGCGCAAAGAAUUGCUCGACAUUAGGUCGGAGGCCGUAACGCGCUUGAUACGAAAUCAAAUCACCGAUUAUCAUAUAUUGUGGUCACAAGGCUCAAAGAUGCUAUCACAGUAUCGCGAAUGGAACGAGUUCCUCAACAUAUUCGGACACGAGGCCGGACAGAAGCUAUUCCGUCGUCACAUGAAGAAACUGCGCGACGAUCAUCUCAAUAAGAAACUGCAUCAGUAUUUGGACAAAUUUGCACUGGCACUCGAAUAUCUAUUGCCCGAUAUAAGUGCAUUGAACAUUAGCGAUGAUGAUGCCUGGGAAUGUGCACGCAACUAUUUACAGAAUCAUAUUGAAUUCGAUCAGUAUUUCUAUGAGUUUCCGCAAGUCAGCUGGACGGACUUCCUUGACAUGGAUGUGCCAGACGAUGAGACACGUAUACCCUUUGAUGUGCUGGAAACGAAUGAGGCAGAGACCGUAUUUCGUAACUAUUUGAAUUCGGUGCAGCAGGACAAAAAGAAAAUUGGCUGGAAGCAACAGUUCAAGAUGCUGCUGGAGGAAUCUGGCUUUGUGACGCCCGGUAAACAAUUGUCGGAGGUGCGUGUCCUGUUCAUGGGACGUGAGUGCUUCGAGGCGUUAUCCGAACACGACUGCCAACAGAUCUAUGAUAUACAUCAGGACGAGAUUAUUGAGAAGAGCAAACAGAAUUUUGUUGAGCUGCUGCUGGAGCAUGCGCAAUAUUUUCUCCAAUUCAAGAAUGUGGACAUCAUCACACAGGAGGAUGUUAGACAGAUAACCGAUGUUAUCCAGGAGGAUUCUCGCUACAAAAUGUUGGAUCGUUUGGAUCAGGAGCGACGCGUGAUGUUGGUGCAACAUUUACGCUUCAUCCACUGCCCCAUUAGGGAUCAUUGUCCGUUCUUCAACAAUUGUGUGGACAAUCUGAUUGAGGAGGUGCUCGCUGACAAGUCCGCGACCAAUCAUAAGAUGGGCGGCAAUGUUGGUGGCGGCGGUGGCGGCUGGAAAACCACUGGCAAUGGCUCCGAGCGUACAUUGAAUCUGUUAAUUGUCGGCUCCGAGCAUUUGGCCAGCGAUUUACUGAACGAUAUUCGCAUAUGUACGGGUAGCAAGGGUGAAUAUAUCUAUGAGAACCAAACAUAUUAUCUCAAUUAUCGCAUUGCCAAUGGCGAUAUGGAGGCAUUCAAAGCUAUCGAUGUCUACUCAAGUGGUCUCAUUUGUGUUUACUCAAAUCAGCAAUCGUUUGAAACGCUCAAGGAUAAUUUAGAACGCACACUCUUAUGCAAUUUAGAGCUGGAGGAUAAAUUUGAGAAUUUGCCAAUUGUUUUAGUCUAUCAGCCGCAAGAUCUGAAAGAGAAUGAAGUUGAAUACUUGCGCAGCGAGGGCAUGCGUCUAUCAGAAAUGUUGCAUUGCGACUUCAUAGAUCAUACGCAGAAUCAUCAGAAAUAUGUUUACGAUAUACUCAAUAUAGUUAUACUCUCAUUGAAGCUAAGCGAAAUGAAAAGCUAUGAACCAUAUCCAUCGUCCAAUCAUACCGAUCUACGCAUACUUGUCUGCAUCUAUUGCGGCGAUCAAUAUGAUAUCGAGAACAUUGUCCAGCCACUGUUAGCCGAAUCGACGCUGGUCAAAGCCAAUGAGCACUGCAUCAUUGUCGAUGUCUUCAUUGGCGAUGCCAAACGGCGUGUGGAAUUUAUUUUAUCUUCGUACCAUGGCACCAAUCAAUAUCGGGAUGAACUUAUCCAUGGCUAUAUAUACAUAUAUUCGGCAAAACGACGCUCAUCGCUGGCCAAUCUCAACAUUUUGGCUGCACAGAAUGCAAACAUUCCAUUGCAAUUAGUCGCUGUGACGGAGAGUGGCGGUGUUAAUGCUUUCUUCAAUAAUGAAAUCUGUCAGUUUCUCAUUACCGAGGGCAAUGCGUUGGCCGAUCGCUACAAGGGCAGCUUCAUGACCUUCUCAGCGGAUCAAUAUGUCAAGUUCGCCUUCUAUAAUCCAUUCUUGAAGAUCGCAUGGGAUAACAAGUACGAGGUUGAGAAUCUGCAUGUGGAGGAGUCAAUUACUUUAGAUUCGGGCGAGGGUACGCUUGAGAAUUCGGUUAAUCAAAUGCCACGCCCACCGCCCAGACAUGAAAGCUAUAUGCUAUCGAAUACACUGGGCACCGAUGGUUCAGGCAGUGAGAAUUAUGAAAUGCUUCCUACACGAUCUCUCAACUCAUUAAAUGAAGAAAGAGAUAUAUCACUAGAUGAAAUCUAUGAUGACAACAACGAAAAACCCAAACACCUGCAUCAAAGAUUCCAGAUAUUCCCUCCUCCAACAACUCCUCCAGAGCCAGCCCCUCCAGAUCAUCAGCUCAUUACAUGCACAUAUAAGAGUCAAUUCGUUUCGGCUUCAGAAUCAAGUUUGGAAGAGAUAACAUCGGAUGUCAGCGGGUCAAAGGAUUCAUUGGCCACCCACGACGCAGAAUGGCUGGAGGAUAAAAGCGAUGCACGUCGCAAUGCAAACAAGAACUCCAUCUGGAAUAAUUUUAGCGGCUCAACGCAUGCGUAUACCACAGGCAGGCGGCAUAUUGAUUCCAACUUGAAUAAGAUACGGCCCAAAGGACCCAGCCAAACGUUGAAGGUGGGUGAAGCGCCCAGUCGUAACUGUGCCAUGAGCUCUUCAACUUUCACGCUACCCACACAGCAACCGGGCAAGCUGAAUAUGAAGAACUUUCAGCUGGUUAGCGAUGCCGUCGCCAAAAUGAACUUCACCAGCAGCGGCAGUAUGGGAGAAUCCUAUUUGGCCGGCUGUGAGCCCGGUGGUGACAAGGAUGCCAAACGCUAUGAUCAUGCUCAGCUCGAUGGCGAGGAUGAGGACUCCGAGGAGCUUGCCGAAUAUGAGCAAAUUUAUGAAAAUGAAGCAGACUGCACCGAGUCGGAUAGUUGCGCCAGUUCAACGGAGCGCCGCGUACGUCAGCAGAAUGCCUACUACAAGGCCAAUAAAAAGGCCGGCACCACCACCAAGAAGAACAAGAAGAAGAAGGUGGCCAUACCGGUGCAGACGCCACGUGUGCCACCAUUUGGUGCGUAUGUCAGUCCACCGGAGAUACCGUUGCACUAUCAACGUAUGGCCGCUGCUGCGGCUGCAGGUGAGAAAAAAAAAGCUGAUUCUGGCGUGGUACCCGAAUUCAUGAAAAGCGACAAAUCGCCAGAGUAUUCCAUGGUGCCGGAACUAACUGCAGUCAGCAUAUUUGGUGCUGAGAACUUGCCCGAAUACAAUAUGAAUUCGAAAUGCUUAAAAGAUUUCGAGAAGCUGGAGAAGCGACGCAUCAAGGAGGAGCAGGCACGACUGCGCAAGCUGCAGGAGAAGGAGAAAGAGCAGGAGAAGAAGCUCAAGCGUAAGCUCAAACAGAAUGCCAAAGGACUAACCGAAACAACUGAAGCCCAAUUUGGCAAACUAAUGAUCACAUCCGAUAAGGACGAGAUACCCAUAUUCCUGAUCAAAUGCGUUGAAUUCAUUGAGAAGGAAGGACUCGAUUCCGAGGGCAUCUAUCGUGUGCCAGGCAGUCGAGCACAUGUCGACAUGCUAUUCCAGCGUUUUGAAGAUGAUACCAAUACAAUUAUUGAUGUGCUGGAUAUACCGGUAAAUGCGGUGGCCACUGCGCUCAAGGACUUCUUCUCGAAACGUUUACCACCGCUGUUCAGCAAGGAUAUUAUCAAGGAGUUGGAGGAAAUAGCCGGCUCUCGUGGUGUUGGCUCCUCCAAGCUGAACGUUGAGGUGAAAACAGAUCGCAGCUGCCGUUUGAUAGCUUUAAAGUCCUUGCUACAAAAACUACCACCCAUCAAUUUCGCGAUUCUCAAAUACAUAUUCCAGCACUUUGUGCACGUCUCGGACAACUCGAAGCUAAAUAGCAUGGAUAGCAAAAAUUUGGCAAUUUGCUGGUGGCCCACUUUGAUACCCAUUGAUUUUACAGAUAUGGGUCAUUUUGAACAGUUACGUCCAUAUCUUGAGGACAUUGUUCAGACGAUGAUCGAUCAAUUUCCAUAUCUAUUCUGUGGCAAAGAUGCCUUCGUUAUGGUUUAAAACGGAUGCACAAAAGAUGAUGAAGACGAAGCAGCAGUAGAGCAGAUCUAUAUAUAGAGACAGGCUUUGAAGAGAACCCAUCGAUCGAUUUAAAGAUCAUAAAAAAAAAGAAAAACUAAACAUAAAACCGAACAAAA